CCCUUUCGUCUCUUCACCUGCCUCACCUGUCUCCCCAGCAUCCUGCUUCCUCACUUUGUGCACGUCGCGCGGCAGUCUCUACUUCCUAGACGUCAUGCUCGAGGAAGUGACGGUGGUCGAGCCAAAUGGCAUCACUGCAAGCCUUGACGAUCUCAAGGCCCUCUCUUCUGAGUUUGGCAGGGCAGUCCCGCUUCUUGCUGAACUUGUUGCUACAAAUCACUCGAAGAAAACGGAAUCAAACCACCCGCGACGGGGGUUGAAAAGGCUACCGGAUGAUUUACUCAUAGUAAUCUUCAAGCAGGCAUAUUACUCCCUUGCUGGCUUUCCUAUCAACAUCCCCUCUGUUCGCUCAAAUCUCCUUAUUAAACGUGUGUCCCAAGUAUGCAAACGCUUCCGCUCCUUGGCUCUCUCAUGCCCGGAAUUCUGGUCCGUCAUAUACUCAUCAAUGCCAAAAGGCGAAGCGGCAUUAUGGGUAGAGCGAUCACGGUCAAAGAUAAAAGGCUCACCGGAUUGCGGGCUUACUAUCAUAAUUCACGGGAAGGACCACACACGGUUUGCUAGCGAUAUGUCCGUCGACGAUCUGCGAGAAUUUAUGGAGGCGCUUGCUCCUGCUAAAGGGCGUUGGAGAGAAUUGCGGAUAACUUCAACGCCUAGUCGACCAAUCUCGCAACUCAUGAGCGAGGUGCAGCAGCACAUCAAAGAUGACUCUGAUGAGCUUGAUUCCCUUCAGCAACUGCACCUUCAUCGCUACAAAUGGGACAGCGACGUUGAUGUGUCAUGCAACAUCAAGAAAUGGUGUGCGCCAAACUUACGACUUUUCCAUGGGACUGGCGUCGUCCCCGACGUCCCAACAAAUUUCCAGGCAGAGUCAAUCACACACCUUAGUCUCACUUGCCAAGUGAACGCGAUCCCGAACAUGUUCCUUGGCAAUGAAACGCCUUUCCCGAACCUUCGGCACCUAUUCCUCCGUAUAUUGAACGUCUCUGAUCGCGAGGCGAUCGCAUACGGACACUCAGACGAACCAAUCCGAUUACCAAGUCUUGAGACGCUCGAAGUGAUUAGUAGCAUCCCCGGCGCAUAUACGACCUUCUGGGUACUCAUAGCGCCAAGGCUCGAGGUCCCUCAUCUCGAACGGCUCUACGUACGCACGGCACUCGACAACGUCGUUGAUCUCUUCAGCCGACUCGGUUCGCACCAAUUCGCAUCACUACGCGAUUUGCGCUUCGUGUGUGAAGACUUGGGCAUUGUUCUCAUGGCGCUCCGUUCACUUUCGAAAUUCCCUCAUCUGCGGCAUGUAACAAUCGACGACUGCUGCUAUUCAUCCUACAAGCCCGCGGACUUCGCCUUCGCGUCUCUCCCGCCACUGUCCACCCUUACAUUUUCUGGUUGUCGAUUCAAUAACCUGCACGGGAUCGAGGUCCUCGCUGAACGCCUACGAUUAUGCCUCGAUUUCGAUAUGUUUGAGCGUUUGCGCAUCGAAUACUAUGAUGAGGCUGAUCUUCGAUGGGAUCGUGCUAAUAUUCUCUCACAAAACCUUGAAGGGAAAGUUGAGUUCGUCGACGCCCUUGCAUAAACUUCGUUAUGUUUUUUCUUCUAUUACAUUUCUUUUCCUCGCUGCUGUCGUUUAUGACUUACAUUCAUGUUCACGCCCGUCACGACGUCACUCUCAUAUUCUCUCACACACGUGUCCCUGCUUUCUACCACUGUCCGUCUUUCCCCGAUGUGUUUUUUUUUGUCUGGUAUUGUUUUCGGUAUUGCUUUCUUUGGGGCAUCGUACGACCCCUCCCUCACAAUAAUCGUCGUUCAUCAUAUUUCUCUCAUAUUCUUUUUAUAGGGUAUCUUGUCAUAUAUCAGGAUUCAGGCUUUGUUGGGACGGUAACACCAUAUGUAGCACCACACAUCGUCUAUCCUCCAUCUCUAUAAGUUCCUUCUCUUUGC